AUGAUCGGCUUCUACCUCCGCUCCGCUUUCCUCUUUCCCUCUCUCAAGGCUUUUCUGUCACCUCCACCACUUGACCUCCAUCUCCCUGAUUUUGUUUUCUUCGCGGGGUUCAUGACUAGUCAUGGCUUCUCGUCAUCCUUUGUGGAGACCCUAGCGGGAUUCACAGCAGGAGUCGCGUCGACUCUCUCACUGCACCCUCUCGACAUGGUGAAAACACGGCUACAAGUCGACCGAUCUUCAUCCGCUCGGCUUGGGAGUUCAGUUCGAAUCAUCCGAGGCAUCUUUUCUCGCGAGGGGGGCCUUGGCGCCUUCUAUCGCGGUCUCACCCCCAAUGUGAUCGGAAAUUCCACCAGCUGGGCGCUCUACUUUUUAUGCUAUAGUAGAUUGAAGGAGGCAAUUGGAUCCUACCGCGACAAGAGAGGACAGAUCCUUACAUCGUCAGACUAUUUUCUAGCAUCCGGAGCUCUCACUUCGGUUCUUACCAACCCCAUUUGGGUCAUCAAGACUCGCAUGUUGUCAACAGGCUCCCGCGCUCCCGGCGCAUAUCCUUCUUUCGUGUCUGGGGCAAAGCAAAUCUAUAACGCAGAGGGCAUUCCCGGCUUUUACCGAGGCCUAGUGCCCGCCCUAUUUGGUGUCAGUCAUGGGGCCCUCCAGUUCAUGGCGUACGAGCAGUUGAAGUUAUUCAGGUCUCGAUCCAAGGACACCGGCUUGCUUGGACAAGGCCCGUCUGGUGCCCAAGACCUAGGCAAUAUCGACUUAUUAGCCAUUUCCAGUCUGUCCAAGGUUUUUGCGGGCAGUGUCACGUACCCUUACCAAGUGAUCAGAUCCCGGCUACAGACUUAUGAUGCCCGUGUGGUUUAUCGUGGGGCUUUAGAUGUAUUCUCCCAAAUAUGGACUCGCGAGGGUCUGGCAGGUUUCUACAAAGGCCUUGGACCAAACCUCUUCCGUGUGUUACCGAGUACAUGGGUGACCUUCUUGGUGUACGAAAAUACUAAGAGUUAUGUGUCUCGCCUGGCAUGA